AUGCACAGUGAAGGAGGGAUGGUAAGAGUGAAGGUGAAGGUGAGAAGAAGAGCAGGAGACGGGGGGGGAACAACAGGAGAUGUGUCGGGAGAUGCCUCAAGCAACACCAACGAGGAGAUGACUCUCCCUCCCUGCCUCAGCUCCUUUCAGUUUCAGCUGGGUGCCAACAUGGUUCUACCAAGUAUCGACCAUGCAUGCAGGAAGUGCGGGGUCGGAGAUAGUUUUGUCUUGACGGAACGAGCAUCAUCACUCCUCGGCUACGAGUGGUGCGGCCAGUUGGGGCUGAGCGAAGAAGUACAAGUAGAUGCGAUCAUGACGGUCACCGAGGUUCUAUAUCCAUACGAGAUGUACAGCAAACGCUUUGAUGAUAGAGUCGACAUGGCAAACAAGAUGAAAGAGCAAGGAAAUGUAGAUUUCCGAGCGAAACGAUUCGCUGCAUCUUUGAAGCGAUACAAGAAAGCUGACGAGCUUUUGCAUGACCUGGAACACAAGAAUGCCUUCUCCUGGGCAUUGCUCGACGAAGUAAAGGCCUCGCGGGCUCUAUCAACUCAAGCGACGGUCUUGACGAACAUGGCAGCUUGUUAUCUUGCCCUUGGUCCCCGGUACUCGUCAAAUGCUCUGCUGGCCUGCGACAGGGCGAUGGAGAUCGACAGGACUAGCUGCAAGUGCUUCUACCGACGAGCCAAGGCAAAGAUGGCCAUGGGGGAGAAGGAGUCAGCGAUGGAGGACCUCCGUCAGAUUGAACCGCACAAUCAAGAAGCACUCAUGCUCCUCAAGUCUCUCGAGCCCAACGAGGCGUGA